AGCAGCCUCAAAGUGAUUGGUAACAAAGAAAACCAGGAACCCAUCAACCAUGGCAGACAAAAAAGAAGGAGGAAUUGUGAAGAAGGGUCAUGAAGAAGGCAUCAAAAUGGCAGUUUCUAUUCUCGAGGAGUUUGGACUUCCUCUAGGGCUUCUCCCUCUUGAAGAUGUGAUUGAAGUUGGAUUUGUUAGGAGUAGUGGGUACAUGUGGAUCCACCAAAAGAAGAAAGUAGAGCACAACUUCAAGAUGAUCAGUAAGCUUGUGAGCUAUGACAGUGAAAUAACUGGUUAUGUCAGUAAGAAGUUGAUCAAGAAACUCAAGGGAGUGAAGGCUAAGGAGCUCAUGCUUUGGCCUCCUGUUAGUGAGAUUAUUGUUGAUGAUACACCUACUGGCAAGAUUCACUUCAAAAGUCUUGCUGGGAUCACCAAAACUUUCCCAGUUGAGGCUUUUGCUGCUGGCCAGUGAUGCCUACAAAGUGAACAUUUGUUGAAGGUCCACCAGGACCUUGCAACAAUUCUAUCAUAAGUUUACUUGUCCUUUUGUUACACUAUAUUUCCUUCUUUCAUUUUGCAAUUCUCUCAUCAGGGAUUUGAUGGGUUAAUUAUGCUAGUGUUUAAGAAAGACAAUAAAGUUAUAUACCUUGCUGCAAGAUUGUCUC